AUGCUCAUGGCUCCCCCGCAGCGGCAUGUCGCUGAAACAGUUUGUGCCCCCCGAGGAACGACCAGCCCGCAGACUCCGGACGAGUGGAUGCGGGAGUCCGGCGAGGCGACCGACAGGAUGACCACGGACGAGCUGCUGAGGGAGGUGGAGGCCGACACGUGCGCCUGGGCCCCCGGGCAGGCGCCUGGCGCGGGCUGCGGCGACCCUGGCGAGCUGCCGUGGAGCGGCGCGGAGGAGCUGCUCACCGUCUCCCCGCCGCAGGCGCGCCCGCGGCGCCCCCUGCUGGACCUUGCGGCGCCCGCGCGCGACGCCGCCACGGCGGGCGAGGGCCCUGGCGCCGCCGACGAGGAGGCCCAGGCCGCCGUGCUCGCCGCGCUGGUCGCGGCGGCGCUCGCCGCAACGGUCGCCCUCGACUGGGGCUACUUCGGGCCCCGGCGCCGGUCGGUGCGCGGCCUGCUGGAGGGCGCGCCAGAGGGCCCUGUCGCCGCCGCGCUCGCGGCGGCGUGGCCGAUGGCCGAGGGGCAGCGCGUGCCAGUGUUGCUCCUGGCUCUGGUGCUGGCGGCGUACUCGGUGCAGAUGCUGGACGGAGGCGUCUGCGCAUUCGGUGCGGUCGCCGGCACCGCGGCGCUCGCGUGUGGCCAGGUCUCGCGCAGGCUCCGGCAGGGCGGCGGGUGCAGCAAGAAGCUGCACGUGUGA